GGACCGGUAGACAGGGUGGGCAUUUUUCCGCCACAAUGCCUGGGGAUGGGCUGGAAGCCGGCAGAAAGCCGAAUCACACCACCCCCUCCCCCCCCCCUGCUGUUUUUCGCCUGCACCUCCCUCUCCUCCCUUACACCAUGUUCCCCGCCAUGAUGUCCCGCUUCGCCGUUGGCCGCUCUGCCACCGGCCUUGGCCGCGCCAUGAUGUCCACCACCCCCCAGACCACCCUGGCCAAGUCCGCCGCCAUGGGCCGCCCCAUGUCCCCGGAUCUGUCCAUCUACCAGCCCCAGAUCACCAGCGUCAUGUCUGGUCUUUACCGGAUUACCUCGAUCAUCUUCGCCGGCACCUUCGUCCUGUCCAUCAACUACUUCGGUCUCACUGGUGCCCACGUCCAGAAGACCGUCAACGAGCUGAAGUCCCUGGACGUCAGCCCCGCUGUCUGGACCACCGCCAAGGCGGCCAUCGCCCUGCCGAUCACCUACCACUUCUGGAACGGCCUGCGCCAUCUGAUGUGGGACACCGGCCGCGGCUUCACCAUGCCCAGCGUCUACAAGACCGGCUACGCCGUGAUCGGCCUGACCUUCGCCUCGGCCGUUGGCCUGGCCAUGCUCCCCUGCAACAAGGAGUGCUCCAAGAAGCAGGUCCCUGCCUCUCUCCAGAAGUAAGAGCGCGCGUCUUCACAACAGAGCAUGUGUGUUGAAGCCGGGGGGGAAAAAGAAAGAACGCCCACAAAAUGCCGCCGCGACUGUGGAGACCCCCAGCCGUGGUGGCUCCUGCGUCCGUGUGGCAGAGCGCGCACCGUGUGACCACGCGUCUCGGGGCAUGCGCGCACAAACACAAACACCUACCACGCACACGUCACACAUCCAUCCACUUCAGACUCCGCUGGCCACAUCACAGGCCCCACGCCGCCUCUCUUCCUCCUCCGCCUCCCUCCCGCGUGUGUGCGUGCACGCGUGGCCCUUCAUGAAAAAGAAAACAAAUACAGAGCCCCCAUUCUCAUGCGA